GUAGGCAUUUACUAUAUUUCUUGUAACAUCAUAAUCUCCAAAGACCUAAAGCUUGACCCAAAUUCGAGAUAGAAAAAUUAUAAAAAUCUUUUUUUUUUAGUGAAUCUAUAUGUGUGAUAAUAGCAAUGAAGAAAUGUGAGUUGUGCAGUUCAAUAGCAAGAGUUUAUUGUGAAUCAGAUCAAGCCAGUCUUUGUUGGGAUUGUGAUGCCAGAGUCCACACAGCCAAUUUCCUUGUGGCUAAGCAUUCAAGAAUUCUUCUCUGUAAUUCUUGUCAAUCAAUUACCCCAUGGAGUGGGUCUGGCUCUAAGCUUGGUCCCACUGUUUCUGUUUGCCAGAAAUGUUUUCAUAGAAAUAAUAAUGAUGGCGAAGAUCAAGAUCUUAAUGAUCAUAAUAAUGAUGAUACAGAAGAAGAAGAUGAUGAUGACGACGACGACGACGAAGACGAAAACGAAGACGAUGGAAGCAGUGAUGGUGAUAAUCAAGUUGUUCCUUUGUCUUCUUCAACUACAGAUCAACCUAAUCCUCCCUCUUUGACUUCAAGCUCUUCAAGUAGUGAAGAUUCCACUAGCAGAUUUCACAGAAGAAGUGUAAUUGGAUUUUCACCUAACAGAACAGAGGAAACUAUUCAAUCCCAUUAUUGUGGCAUUACAAGACCUGAAGAGAAGGUAGAAAGGAGGAGUUCAUGGAGAUGGAGAUAAUUAUUAAAGAUCAAAAGCUAAUUCUGUUAUCUCAUCAAUGUAUGAAUAAAUCUUCUUGUAAAUGACAUGUGAGUUAGCUAGUCUUUCUUGUUCCCAUUUGCUCUUACUUGAAAUCUGUAUAAUGAUUUUACUGCAUACACUAAUUUUUUAAUAUAUAUUUUUCCUAAUUUUCUA